UCCACUCUUCACUGCACCAUCUAGCUAGCUCUUGUUAGAUCGACCGGUAAUGGCGUCCACCAAGGCUCUCUUCGUGCUCGCCGUUCUCCUCGCGUCGGCCGUCCUCCUCGCCGCCGCGGCCUCCGAGCAAACUCGUGAGCUCCAUUAUGACAAGGAGGGGAAGGUGGACACCAACGGUGCCGGCGUCCAGGACGGCUGGGGUGGCGGCGGCCGAGGCGGAGGGUACCCGGGCCGCGGGGGCGGCGGCUACGGGCCGUGUGGUCGGUGGGGCUGCUGCCGCCGUGGGUACCACGGCGACUGCAUCCGGUGCUGCCGGGCCGCCAACGACGUCCCGGAGGCCAUGGACCGCACUGAGGUGCACAACUAGCUAGCUAGCUGGCUAUGGCUUGGCUAGCAAGCAGGAGCCAUGAUCUGGAAGCUAGCUUCUUCCAGGGUACUUCUCGAAUAAAAUAAAUCUCCGGUUUAGUUCAUGUGAUCUUUGUAUGUGCGCGGAUGAACGUAUGUAGCUACGUACGCACGUACGUAGUCCUUUUUGUUUGGUUCGAAUAAUAAGAAAUGUGAUGCGUGUUUAGUUUGCAA